AUGCUGCUUAAUUUACCUUCAAUGAAUAUAUAUAGCGAAUUACAGGGUGCCAGAUUUGACAGCAGCGAUGACGAUAUGGAUAAAGUGAAGGAUGCAUUAAAAACAUACAAGAGUUCUAUAGAAGAUUACGAUAAUAUUGGAUACGCCUGCGGUAAAGCAUUCAAAAUGGUAAAAACUAAGGAACCGCUGUAUGAACAACGUUGUAGUUUUUUAUUUUUUUGGAUUGGAAGUAAAAUAAAAGGUGACACGGAUGGUAGUACGUUCAAUAAUAUUUUGACUGCUCUCUGUGACGCACUUCAGAAUAAAUUGACUGAUGUUAGUGACUGUUCAGUUGCUUGUGGUGGCAUUAACUAUGUCAAUUUCAAACAAAGAAAAGAAGCCUAUGAAUACAUGUACGACCACAGUUACAUAAAGGGGGAAGUAGAUAAGUACAAAUCACAGUGUAAUAAGGAUUGUUACGAAUAUAUACAGGGAUUAGUUUCAAAUUAUGAGAAAGUCCAUACGGGGUGUGGGAGUGAAUCGCCUGGGGAGCAUGAUUAUUGUAAAAAAUUUGAGGAAAAAUAUAGAGAGGACAGUAAUCCGGACAAACUAUCAAAAUUAACAUGCACAGUUCGUGAAGAUUAUUCCGACUUCGGCCUUGGCAAAAUGGAUCUGUCAGACAGACGGCGGGACCAAAUAUUAAAGGAUGUACCUUCCACAGAAGCAUACAGUAAACUCAAUGAUCCCAAUGGCCUCUGUAGUGGCGAUAAUAGUUUCCCUGAAGGAAUAACGAGAGCAUUGAAGGAUGUGUCUAAGGAGGAGGAUGGUGAGGAUGGAGAGGAUGGAGAAUAUACUAAAAUACUUAAGGAAAGAUGGUGCUACGCAAUUAAAGAGAGCAUAGAGAGGGAUAGCACUUUAUCUAAGUGUGACCGUUGUAAUUUUUUAUAUUAUUGGAUUGGGUACAUGUUCGAUGACAUUCUCGACAACAACGAAGACAGUUCAUUUCAGAGUAUUAUGGAUGUUGUCCGCGAACAAUUGCAAAAAGUUGCUGGUAUUAAUGGUAAGUGUGAUAUUCGGCGCAGCAAUAUUGACAGGACUCUUUUUUAUCAGGAGAAACAAGUGUAUGAUUACACUCAGGACCAGCAAAACAUAGAAACAAAGUUAAAUAGUACUGGAUCCACCUGUAGUGAGAAGCUCCUCGAAUAUUUGGAGGAGGCUGCGGGAGCAUAUAACACUAUGGGUUCCCACUGCGCAAAGAAUGCUACUAACAGCCAGGCAUAUUGUGAAAAACUUAGGACCGUGUAUAAACCGCGCAACCUUGUGGAACUUUUAAGGAGCAAGUGCAAAUUUAAGGGCGCACAGGAUUAUAUACAAAGAAUAGAAACUUUAAGUGCACUUCCCAGUGUUGGGACCUUAUCCGGGACUGGCACCAUUGUCUCUUCUACAUUAUCCGUAUUAGGACUACCAGCAGUUGGAUUUUUCUUAUAUAAGUAUAAACUUCUACCAUCCUGGAUAAGUAAGAAAUUUGGAGGAGGAAGCAGCAAAAAUAACAAUAGCAGAAGCAGAAGAAGAGCAACAACGGGACGUCAUCACUUUGAUGAAUUAACAGAAAAUGGUUCAACAAUAGGUUCUACAACAACGGAUUAUUCCACAUCGAACCUGUCAACAACAAUAGACAAUUCUACCCUAUAUAAUGGACAACGAGGACGACGAUCAUCACCAACAGUAUCUAGAGGAACGAAUAAUAGGCAACAGACGCAGUUGCAAAAGAACGAAAGAACGCAAAGAAAUAUACGCUAUCAAAACAUGUAA